CUUCGAGGAGCGGAAGUGCUGUGAAAAAAUUUCGACACAAAAUUUUUCUACUCCCUGCUUGAGAAAAAAUCAAACUACUAUUUCUUAUACAGCGCUGCCUGGCUAACUAAAGCGUGUCCUUCAUAAUUCGAUAAAUAAAUUCAUCUAUGGCAAUAUGCAAUAAAUGUUUAAAGAUUAAUUGGGUGAUAAAAGUGCUUGAAAAGUUAACAAAAUAGAAAAGGAAUUGUGUAAGCCAAACGUACGAGACAAGUAGUCUAGCCAAUAAAACAAUAAAUCAAUUGAAAUAAUGAUUAAACGUAAAUAAAAUUGAGCGCUAGAUUCGUUUUGCCACCUGAGAAGAGAUAAAAUCAAUUAAAGUAAUCGUAAAAUGUUAUUCAUGGCGCGUUUAAAAUUCGCCUACGUACAGUGAAAAUUUUUUCCGAUUUUUAGUAUGUACAUGUACGUUGGAGCGCUCGUGGGCGCCACAGCAAUAGCAGCAGCACCACCACCACCAGCAACAACAGCAGCAGCAUCGGGUGGCAGGGGCGACUCACGAGCUUUUGCCCCCACCUUCAUAUCCACAUCGCUAACGUUUGUGUGACACGUCAAUGGCCACAGCUAGUUCAAGUGCCAACACAACCCCCAACAAGAAAAGCAGCAACAACACAUUGUAAUCAAGAUGUGUGUGCAUGUGAGAAAUUUGCAGGUCAAUAUGCUAAUUAAAUGUACAAAAUUUCAAAAACUCAAGUGCUAUAAUAAUAACAAUUGCAAAUCAGGGCAAAAUUAAUAAAAAAAAAAGAAAAAGUGAAGCGAUUUAACAUCCGCAGCCAACUUCGCGUAUGCGAGCUUUUGACGCAAGCUCUCUGACGCGCUCUCUCAUGCUCACCACGACGAAAGCGGCGACAAUAGCAACAACAACAACAUUGAGGAGUGAAAAUAAAAAGUUCAAUGAAAAAUACACGCACGGAUAAAAUUCCAAAGUGUCGAGUAGUAAUAGUACGCACCAAUACAAGGACACGUUGAAAAGCUGCUGUGAGUGUAAGUGUGAGCGUGCGCUUGCCUAUUUAUUGGCUGUCAGUCAUAUGUGCGCAAAGCUUCAAGGACUGGAAUACGCUGAGGCAUUUUACGUUUACGCGCGCAACUUGCGUGUGUGCGUGCACGUGUGUGCGUGAAUGAACGUGCAAAGUGCGCGCAACGCAGCUCCAACAUAUCACAGGACAUAUUCGUUGUCAUCUAACAAGCUGUGAGACUAUGUGCUUUGCACCAUGACCCCACUGCUGAGAAAACGCGUGCAGAGCGCUGAAAAAAUGACCACGGGAAAUCAAGAGCCAUCGCCAUCGCCACUGACCACCAGCUUUAGCACCACCAUGAGAACAACAUUGCUGCCAAGCCAGCAACAUGUUAGGAAAGCCCACAAGGCCACAGCCACAGCUACAGCCACCGACAACCACAAUGAAGAGAAGGAUGACAUGCAUUUGCUAUUCAACAAGGCGCGUCGACGCCGAAGAGAUGCAAAUCAGGACGAGAGACGACUGCGUCAGAUGAGGCAACCCAUACAAGUGGAGUACAGACGCUCCUAUCGCGUGCUCAUUGUAACCGCGCUGCUGGUCAGCCUGGCCGCCUCCUUCGUGACGCUCACCGCCGGCUUUCAGCUGGAUGGUUCGCAAAGCUCGUUUGCCACCUUCCGUAAGUGGUACACCGGCCUCAAUGGCACAUUGGAACUGGAGUUCAAAACGGAACAGCCCAACGGACUGGUGUUGUACACCGACGACGGCGGCACCUAUGAUUUCUUUGAGCUCAAGCUUGUGGAGGGAGCAUUGAGACUGCGCUACAAUCUAGGUGGCGGUGCCCAAAUAAUAACUGUUGGUCGCGAGCUCCAUGACGGACACUGGCAUAAGGUGCAGGUGCUGCGCAACGAUGACCAGACAUCGUUAAUUGUCGACGGGGUCUCGCAACAGCGCUCCACCAAGGGCAAGGAGUUUCAAUUCGGCAAGUUUGCAACUAACUCGGAUGUUUAUGUAGGCGGUAUGCCCAACUGGUACAGCAGCAAGCUGGCGCUGCUGGCCCUUCCUAGCGUCAUUUUUGAGCCCCGUUUCCGCGGCGCUAUACGCAAUCUUGUUUAUGCGGACCAGCCGGGCGGCUCAACGCGACGACAGGAGAUGAAGCAGCCGCGUGACAUUAAAUGCGGCGACGGACCUUGCGAUCAUAGUGAGAUGCCAGCCCGCGAGAAGGUGGCAAGGGGAGUGCGCGGUAAUACAUCGGACGCAUGCGAGCGCCAUGAUCCCUGCCAGCAUGGCGGCAUCUGCAUAUCCACUGAUUCCGGUCCAAUUUGUGAGUGUCGCAAUCUCGAGUACGAUGGCCAAUAUUGCGAGAAGGAGAAGGCGCCAUCGGAAGCAACGUUCCGCGGUACACAGUUCCUCUCAUACGAUCUAGGCCAGACGGGCGCCGAGCCCAUUGUCAGUGCCCAGGACGCCAUCUCGUUCUACUUUCGAACGCGACAGCCCAACGGACUGCUCUUUUAUACAGGUCACGGCACUGACUAUCUGAAUUUAGCGUUGCGCGAUGGUGGCGUCUCCUUAACCAUGGGUUUAGCAAAUGGCAAACAGGAGAUGCACAUAAAGCCGUCGAAGGUACGUUUCGAUGACCAUCAGUGGCACAAGGUUACCGUGCAUCGCCGCAUCCAGGAGAUCUCGUCCAUAACCAGCUUCUGUCGGCUGGUCACCGUUGUCGACGAUGUCUACACGGAUCACUCACACAUAGCGGGUAAGUUCACCAUGCUGUCCUCCUCCCGCGUCUAUGUGGGAGGAGCGGUGAAUCCUCGCGCCCUGCUCGGCGCACGAGUGCACAAUAACUUCGUGGGUUGUCUACGCAAGGUGGAGUUCUCGGCGGACACAUUGAAUUUGAAUCUAAUAGAUCUGGCCAAGAGUGGCUCCAAGCUCAUACAGGUGGCGGGUAAUGUGGAGUAUCAGUGUCCCAGUGGCGAUCCACAGGACCCGGUUACAUUCACGACGCGCGAAUCACACUUAGUGCUGCCACCCUGGGAGACGGGAAAACAGAGCUCCAUUAGCUUCAAAUUUCGCACCAAGGAGCCGAACGGCAUCAUUAUACUGGCCACUGGCUCCAAACAGCCGCGAGCUAAGAAUCCCGUGCUUAUAGCCAUUGAGUUGCUGAAUGGCCAUAUCUACAUACACCUGGAUUUGGGAUCUGGCGCAUCAAAGAUUCGCGCGUCGCGUCGCCGCGUCGAUGACGGUGACUGGCAUGACCUGAUCCUCCGGCGUAAUGGGCGCGAUGCGAAAGUGAGCGUGGAUGGGGUCUGGAACGACUUUCGCACGCCAGGCGAUGGCACCAUCCUCGAGUUAGACGGCCACAUGUAUGUGGGGGGAGUAGGGCCCGCCUAUAACAACAUUGCCUGGCCGCCGGCCAUUUGGACGGCCACGCUGCGCCAAGGCUUCGUCGGUUGUUUGCGUGACCUGGUGUUGAGCGGCAAGGCGAUCGAUAUAGCGGCCUUUGCACGCGUGCAGGACUCGGCUUCGGUGAAACCUUCGUGUCAUGUGCAGGGAAACGUGUGCAAUGGCAACCCCUGCCUUAAUGGUGGCACAUGCCUGGAGGGCUGGAAUAGACCUAUUUGUGACUGCACGGCAACACUCUACGGCGGUCCGACCUGCGGCCGCGAGCUGGCCACUCUGGCCUUCAACGGCAGCCAGCACAUGACCAUUUGGCUGGGCAAUGGACAGGGCAGCAAGACACAAACGGAGGAGUUGGUAAUACGGUUCAAGACAUCGAGGCCGGCUGGCCUGUUAUUGCUCACCAGUGCGGAGUCAAACUCACCGGAUCGGUUGGAAAUUGCUUUAGUAGCGGGGCGCGUUCGUGCCAGCGUCCGGCUCAGCGAUCGCGAAAAGAACCUCCUCGCUGGCCAGUCGGUGCUUAAUGACAACAAUUGGCACACCAUACGCUUCUCGCGUCGUGCCUCCAAUCUGCGUCUACAAGUUGACGGGGCUCCCCCUGUCAGGGCUGAGACAAUAUUGGGCCGCCACAGCACCAUGGAGAUACGCUCCAUACACCUAGGCGGUCUGUUCCAUGCCGAGGAGGAGAUACAAAUGACGUCGACCAUGCCUAACUUUGUGGGUCAAAUGCAGGGCUUUGUGUUCAAUGGGCAGCGGUAUCUGGACAUUGUGAAAUCACUGGGUCCGGAGUUAUCGGCCUUGCCCAGUGCCACCUUUAAGCUGACGGCGCGAUUCGUCAACUCACCACCAGGACAACCAUAUCAUGCCGCGACCUUUCGUUCCAAGCAUUCCUACGUGGGCCUGGCCAUGCUCAAGGCCUACUCCAGCAUAUCGAUAGACUUUCGCUUCAAGACCGUUGAGCCCAAUGGACUGCUCAUCUUCAAUGGGGGACGUCGUAAUGACUUUGUCGCAGUGGAGCUGGUUAAUGGACACAUACACUACACCUUUGAUCUGGGCGAUGGGCCGGUGACAAUGCGAGAUAAGUCCCGGAUACACAUGAACGACAAUCGCUGGCAUCAAGUCAGCAUUCGUCGACCGGGCCCCAAGACGCACACGUUGACCGUGGACGAUUCGUUUGAGAUCAUCACGCUGACGGGCAAUAACAUGCAUCUCGAGCUGGCUGGCAUUCUGUACAUAGGCGGUGUGUUCAAGGACAUGUACGCCAAGCUGCCGGCGUCCAUAUCCUCGCGCUCCGGCUUCGAAGGCUGCCUGGCCUCGCUCGAUUUGGGAGACACCUCGCCUUCGCUAACAAACGAUGCCGUAGUGCCCAGCUCGCUGGUCGUUAGCGGCUGUGAGGGACCCACCAAGUGCAGUCAGAAUGCGUGCGCCAAUCGCGGUGUGUGUGUGCAGCAGUGGAAUGCCUAUGCUUGCGAGUGUGACAUGACCUCCUACACGGGGCCAACCUGUUACGACGAGUCCAUUGCGUAUGAGUUUGGAAACAAUAAGGGAAUAGUGCAGUACAAUUUUCCAGAGAGCAUGCAGGCCGACACUGAGGAAGACAACAUCGCGUUGGGCUUCAUUACCACUAAGACAGACGCAGUGCUGCUGCGUAUAGAGAGCGCGACCACACAGGACUAUAUGGAGCUGGAGAUUGUGGAGGGCAAUAUCUUCAUGGUGUAUAACAUUGGCAGCGUUGAUUUGCCCUUGGGCGAGAUUGGCACAAAGGUCAACGACAAUACCUAUCACGUGGUCCGCUUUACGCGCAAGGGCGGCAAUGGAACGCUCCAGCUGGAUGACUAUAAUGUGCAGACGCUCAAUCCGCAGGGUGAGUACACAGUGGUGAUAUACACAGUUGCCUUCCUCUCUAUGUGCUAUAUCUUGACUUUGUCUGUAGGCCAUCACUCGACGGUGUUCAACACCAUGUCCAAUAUUCAAGUCGGCGGCAAAUUCAGUCGCACUGGCCGGACGCGGAUCGAACGACCCUUUGCGGGCGUCAUAGCCGGUUUGUCAGUAAACAAGUUGCGAAUUUUGGAUCUGGCCGUCGAGCGCGAUCCCCACAUCACUAUACGAGGAGAUGUUCAAUUGGUAACUGGAGUAUUAGAUAGAAAUGAUCUGCAGAGAAUGCAGCAGACGCCAGCGAGUGGGUAUCCGGGUGCCAUAGAUGAUCUGAUCUUCUCCGGUGCCGGCUCUGGGUGUCGCGGCGAUGACGAGGACGAGUGCACGCCGCCCUUCGAGUCGGGCAGCGGCGAUGAUCUGAUCACACCAGUCUAUGUCCCACCUACCAAGCAGACGACUACCUCACAGCAGCAGGGGAACGUGAGUACCGAUCGCAACAACAACACCAAUGGAACAGAGCGUGCUUGUGAUGAUGAGGAUUGCCUGCACGGCUCCGGCGACUAUGGCGAGACUACAGAGCAGUUUACAUCAACCAGCACUGCUAAGGGCGCAGAGUCCAAUAACGAGCUGGUAACCGCCUCGACUACGGAUGGAGCACCGCGUCGCAACGACCUCACCACGGAGCAGCAACGGAGCAGCAGCAGCAUUAGCGUUGGUUCUGGAUCAGGCAGCAGCACCGUUACCCAGAGCUCGUACGUGACCACCUCGGCAAGUGCCACCAGCACCCAAGAACAGCCCAGCAGCACCAGUGGUGCUCACACUACGUCCACACAACGCGCCACAACGACAAGUCGCACGACCAGCAGCACUACAACAACAACUACGACUACCACACAGGCCACUCCGCCACCAGAGAUACGUAGCACUGUCACGGAACGCGAAACCACUCCCUAUGACGUGUAUAUAGCAGGUGGUGGCGGUGGUGGAGGCAGCGAUCGCGAUCACGAGCGUAUGUCACUGCCAGAUGAACACCCGAUGCCGUUGCCGCCACCGAUGCCACCACAGCCAGACCCGCCGCCAUAUGGCGUGCCACCUUACGGGGGCACCAACUAUAACACCAAUGUGAAUAGCUAUCGACCCAAAGGCAAGGGCGGACGCAUCAACUCGAUCGAGGAGGAACGCACAGCGAUGAUCAUUGGAAUUGUGGCGGGCAUACUGAUCGCCGUCAUACUGGUCAUCCUGCUGGUGCUCUGGCUCAAGUCCAACGGCGACCGUGGGUACAAGACCGAGAGCGAGAAGGCAGCCGCCUACGGCUCCCACAAUCCGAAUGCCGCGCUCUUGGGCAACACGAGCACCAACGGCUCGUACCAUCAGCAGCGGCAGCACCACCAGGCAGCGGGUGGCUCGCACCAUGGCCAGCAGCAGGCCCAGCACCACAAUGGACACAACGGUGGUGGUGGUGCUGCUGCUGGAGCUACAGCUAGUGGCAUGAUGUCCAGCGGCAGCGGCUCGCUCGGCUACGGCAGUGAUGGGCGACCUCAGAUGGCGGGUCUAGUGCAGCCAAAGGCUAAGAAACGGGACUCGAAAGACGUCAAGGAGUGGUAUGUGUAAGUGUGUGGGAGGAGAUGGAGGUGAAGAACAACAACAAAAACAAAUAGGGUCAAAUUAGCAAUACAAAGUAAUAGCGAUGAAGAGGCAAGCAAAAAUAUAGUUACCAAUACUCGAUCUAUAUUUAUACAUACCUACCAACAUACCUAAAGACAAACCUACAGACAUACAUACAUAUUAGUUAAUGCAGUCAAGAACAAUAACAUUAAGUGUACAAAAAUACAACAACUUCAAACACAACAACACAUUUAUGAUGCAAUGAUAAUAAGCGGCCGCGCACAAAACGCGAGACGUGUACAGGCGCGCGACUAAAAACGCGCCGAUUAGGGUUUGUUGCAAUAACAUUUAGAAUGAAACACAUAACCAACCAAUUACAUACAGACAUACAUACAUUCGUACAAUAUUUUAGCUGGAAAAGUAUAAUGUAUAAUGUUUUACAGCUGAUGUGAACAAAUUCUUAUCAGAUCACUGGAAAAGAAAUUAAAGCAAAUUAAUUAAGCCUAAGAAUUAUAGCUUCAACUCAAGACUUGCUAAGGAGAAAAUCCAAAAAAAAAAUUU